AUGUCCUACCUUGUUGCUGAGGAGGACACAUUCUGGUUUAGACAAGGUAUGGAAGGUCUUAGCACGGCAUCUGAUGAGCAAUAUGUCAAGGAACGCUAUAAAGUAUUUUGCCCAUCUUAUGUGGGCUACGAGGUUGCAUGCGAAGCCGCGGAACGCUACUAUGCUACCAACGUCUUCGAUGCGGGCACUCAAUCCUACCAUUCGUAUGGAGACCACCCUACCAAGCUCCCGGGAUUACAGUAUCUCAAGCCCCAAAUAGUGGAGGACUUGUUCGGCCUGGGUAUAUUGCCGUACAAGUUCAUUCGGCACUUAUUCAUCCGUAUCGAUCUCACUGACAUAUGCCCGCCCAUGUCGAUCAACCCCGAGGAGCCCUCCCGCGAUGAACUAUCGGAUCUCGAGAAGCUACACGAUGACCUAGAAUCCGGGCUCUCGCUGAUUGUGGAGAAAUCUAAGCUUGACGUCACUGUUCAGAUUAUGCCCAGCGAAGAUGAAUGGUAUUGGGGAGGGGAACCGGAUGAAAGAGACAUGAAGCCGGCCGAUGGAGAUCCAUACCGUAUCGGGUUUCUGAAUGUGGAGCGCAGUCUUCUUAAUGUGUUGGAGGCGAUGAGGAAAUCUCUCUACGAUCUGAAAUACUCCGGCUCUUCGGUUACAAUCUUAUGCCUGAUGAAUGUCCGCCGGCCACCAAAAGACAGGAGGAUGCGAGGGCUAUUUCACCUCACUAAAGAAAAUUGGGAGAAGGGCAGUCUGCACACAACGAAUGGGUAA